GCUCCUCCCUUGCUGGCGAGUCUGCCCGCGCUCCCUCCGGCCACACCUCUGGGGAGGGAGGUCUGGCUGGUAGGCGGAGGCAAGGAAGGAGGGCGACGAGACGAGAGAAGGAGGCGGCGGCGGCGGCGUCUCCUCCUCGGCUCCCUCCCCGGGAAGAAGAUCUCGCGGUGCUGGGCGCGCUCAGCCUCCGACGCCGCCUCCUCGUCUUUCUGCGGGGAGCGGUGACUGUGCGCAGUGAAGCGGGCGGGAGCGCACAGCUGGGCGGAGAGGCACGCCGGCACCAGCUCCGCCAGGAGGAGGAGGAGGAGACGGAGGCCGAAGUAGUGAGAGCGAGGGAGUAAGAGAGGAGCAGCAACUCCUGCAGGAGACGACCGUCCCAGCCCUCGCAGCCUCGCCCAGUCCGAUGUCCCUGCGGCGGCGGCGCUGAGCGUGCCUGCCCGCCGAGCCUGCAACGCCUUCCGCAGCGCGAACAUGGCCUCCCCGGCAACGUGCACCCGCUUCACCGAUGAAUACCAGCUGUACGAGGAGCUCGGCAAGGGAGCUUUUUCAGUGGUCCGGAGAUGUGUGAAAAAAACAUCAUCCCAGGAGUACGCUGCGAAGAUAAUCAAUACCAAGAAGCUGUCGGCCAGAGAUCACCAGAAACUGGAACGUGAGGCUCGAAUCUGCCGAUUAUUAAAACACCCAAAUAUCGUGCGGCUCCAUGAGAGCAUUUCGGAAGAAGGCUUCCACUACCUCGUCUUUGAUCUGGUCACUGGUGGAGAGCUUUUUGAAGACAUUGUUGCUAGGGAAUAUUACAGUGAAGCGGAUGCCAGCCACUGCAUUCACCAGAUUUUGGAGAGUGUCAAUCAUAUCCAUCAGCAUGAUAUUGUACACAGGGACUUGAAGCCUGAGAACUUGCUACUUGCGAGUAAGUGCAAGGGUGCAGCUGUCAAGCUGGCUGACUUCGGACUUGCGAUUGAAGUUCAGGGGGAGCAACAGGCAUGGUUUGGGUUUGCUGGUACUCCAGGCUACCUGUCCCCCGAGGUCUUAAGAAAAGAUCCUUAUGGAAAACCCGUGGAUAUAUGGGCAUGUGGUGUCAUUCUGUACAUAUUGCUAGUGGGGUACCCCCCAUUUUGGGAUGAAGAUCAGCACAAACUGUAUCAGCAGAUCAAGGCAGGAGCCUACGAUUUUCCGUCUCCAGAAUGGGACACUGUGACUCCGGAAGCGAAGAACUUAAUCAACCAGAUGCUGACAAUAAACCCAGCAAAACGUAUCACAGCUGACCAGGCUCUUAAGCACCCAUGGGUCUGCCAACGAUCAACUGUGGCCUCCAUGAUGCACAGACAGGAGACUGUGGAAUGUUUGAGGAAGUUCAAUGCCAGAAGAAAGCUGAAGGGUGCAAUCCUCACAACAAUGCUGGUGUCUCGGAAUUUUUCAGUUGGCAGGCAGAGCUCCGCCCCUGCUUCGGCCGCCAUGAGUGCUGCCGGCCUGGCUGAGCAAGCUGCCAAAAGCUUACUGAACAAGAAGUCUGAUGGAGUAAAGAAAAGGAAGUCAAGCUCCAGCGUGCAUUUGAUGCCGCAGACCAACAACAAAGCCAGUGUAGUAAGCCCAGCAAAAGAAUCAGCCCCAGUGCAGAUGUCCAUGGAACCACAAACUACUGUUGUGCACAAUGCUAAUGAUGGCAUAAAGGGUUCCACGGAGAGCUGUAAUACUACCACUGAAGAUGAAGACCUGAAGGCGCCCCCUCUCUCCAUCGGGGAUGGCAGCUCAGUGCUCGAAGGACGGAGUCACUGUGAGAGCAAAACCCAGACUGAGUCCAUGCAGUCCCAGCUUUCUCUCUGUUACUCAGCCACUACCACUACACAAUCUUGUGAAGAGAAACUACUUGCCUGGGACAGCCCAGGGCAAACUGUGGAGUUGGAUCGCGCUCAGUCGGAGCCUGUUCUAACUCCUGUAGUUCCAUUUGCACUUAACAAUCCGCCAUUGCGUAAACAAGAGAUCAUAAAGAUAACGGAGCAGCUGAUUGAGGCAAUCAACAAUGGGGACUUCGAGGCAUACACGAAGAUCUGUGACCCUGGAUUAACCUCAUUUGAACCUGAAGCACUGGGGAAUCUCGUGGAGGGAAUGGAUUUCCACAAGUUUUACUUUGAGAACUUAUUGUCCAAGAACAACAGCAAGCCAAUCCACACCACCAUCCUGAACCCCCACGUUCACGUUAUUGGUGAUGACGCAGCCUGCAUUGCUUACAUCCGCUUGACACAGUAUAUCGACGGUCAAGGCCGACCCCGCACCACACAGUCGGAAGAAACCCGUGUUUGGCACCGCCGUGACGGCAAGUGGCUGAAUGUCCACUACCACUGCUCUGGGGCCCCGGCAGCUCCACUCCAGUGAAGCUGAAAGAUGGCCCGUCUCCUCUUUCUGACUGCAGCAGCUUUCGGAGAUACUCGGCGGGAGGGCAAUAUCUUCUCAGCAAGCAGCUCUGGAGUGCCUGAAUUACAGCAACGGUCAUGUUCGUUUUGACGUUUAAAAAAAAAAAAGAAUUACAAACCGGCAGCAGCCAAAUGCACGAAACCCUGCAUGAAUCUGAUGCUCCGGGCGCUGCCGCCUUUCUGUUGUUUUUCCAUGGAUCCAUCGUGUCUGUUUCUGCUGUACGAAGGUGUCUUUUAAAUCUCAAGAGAGAAACCCAUAUUGUUUGUAUAGAAAAGAGAUCAUCAUCCAUGACGGAGUGUCCAGCGCCUCCUCUCCAGGGCUGAUGAUGGGGCAGCAGCUGUGGAGCAUCUUUCAGAACCGGAGCAAAGAAGGGGGAAGAGAAAGCAGCUCAGCCAGCAAAAUGCUGGAACCUGUGCUCUGUGAAGGCACAGUGGGAACUAACAUGUCCGGGCUAUGCUGCAGCUUUAAUCGGCGAGAUGUGGCUGGCGGCGAGCUCUCGGGGGCCAGCGUGGAGAAAAGAGGGCAAGGUGGAAGGAGGACAUUUCUCGGCCCUUUGCCAUACAGCAGACUGACUUGAGCCCAAGGGUCAGCGGUGGAGAUGUGCAGCAGUCAGCCGUUUGCUUGGCCACUGGGUCCCACUGAUGGACUGCGUUAAAAUGAACAAGAAUGUUUUAAGGAACAAAUGUGAGCUGGAUUAAAUAGCGUAGGAGCUUGCUCUUCAGAGGUGCACUGAUUUUUAUUUUAUUUUUUAAGAAACAGCCACUCCUUGGAGGCAUGAAGUCAGCUUAUAAGGGCAAAGUUUAAGAGCAAAUGAUAUUAGGGGGAAGAGGGUACAUGAAUGGCUUGUUUUGAUUUUGUUUUGUUUAGAAUAGAUGGGAUCCAGAUUGCUGCGGAAUAUGUGCUGCUUAGGAAACAGUUGAAAAGCUUUGUGUUAACAUCCUGCCCUGAAGUUUUGCACACACACAUGCGUUAGCUUUCCUGUAUGGUGUGUAACUUAGUUUGUGUUUUAUACUGAAAUAGAUUCUAUAUAUAUAUAAAUAUAUAUAUGCACCCCUGUAACUAUGGGGCUUGCUGGUUUCCCAGUUUUAUUUGUUUUCUGAUAAAUGAGCAAAGGGAGCCAGCGACUUCAGGCAAGUGCUUUUUCCACUAGCCCAGUCCCUCUGACACAGCUUUGUUUCCUGUUGUUCCAUUGGGUGUAUUUUAUUUUCUUUAAUCUCUCUCCCUCCUAUCAUCUGUGGUGGUGUGUUUACUCAGUUAAACGUUGAAUCAGAACUUUGGUUUUACUUUAUGCAGAAGGUUCUCCAGUUUCUGCUGUAGUUACGACUAGGAACCCAACACACCCAUAUAGGGGAUUGCCAGUUUGCAUUGGCCACAAUUGUCUCCCUUGCCACUAAGAAGGGCAAGCAUUGCUCUUUAUUCUCUACAUAGAAAAUGUUUGACAGUUGUACACCUUGGCCAUUGUUUUACCCAUUUUUUAUGUAGUAGAAGCGGGAUAGAAACCUUCCCGGUAAACUUUGACGUUCAGAUUGACUCCCUGUCUUCCAGACACGGAGAACACCAAAUCUCUUUUGCAUGUAUGGUCACUUAAAUUUGAGAAUAUGGGAUUCCAUUAUAUUACACUCCACCCCUUUGCUGCCUAUAAAGGACUAAGCAGAAUAGCAGGAAGACAACCUUUUGAUGGAGUUUUAGGACAACAGAAAGUUGUGACGAUCCCAUGGAACAGAAGGAAUGUGUUUUCUACUUUGCAGUGAACAUCCUAGCUUCUGUUACUGCUAGCAAGGCUGAUAGCUCAGUCCCACUGCAUUUAUCACAGCAUUUAUCACAGCUUAUCUUCAGCACAGCAAAGGGAAUUUACCCUUUGCGAGGUUUGUCUGCGCAAAUCCUUCAACCCUUUUCAGCCUCGUCUAGAGCCAGGUGAAGAAGAAAAGGAAUGCUGUCUCAAGUAGCGGGAUAGAAGUGAGACCUUUAAUGUAAAACAUCCUUAGAUAGCACUAAGCUUAGUGAGUGAGGCGACAAAGAAAAUCCUUGAUAAUUUUAUUCAGGUUUUUAACAAUAAAGCCACGAAGUGGGGAACAGGAAAUUAGUUAUGCAGCUUUUUAAAAAUGACAAAUUCUGCAUGCUUUUAGGUCUGAUCUUUCCUUGUCCCUUUAUCUGAAGAUUAUUAAUGAUAAACCCUCUCUGUAUUAAGUAUCUGCAUCUUUCAAAAAUAUUUUUUUUGGAACAGUUUUGAGUUGAAGUUUUUUGUCUUUGUUUUUGCACAGUCUUCGAGACAUGUUCUAAUUUAAUGAGAACCUUAGCUUGGUAUGGCCAUUAUCCAACACAGCUAUAAACCUUUAGCAUUCUUAAUGUUCUCGUAUGGGGUUAAUGUAAGCAUCUAUAUAUAAUAUUAUAUCAAGUUUUAAACAGGAAAUGGAAGAUGUUUGAUGCAAAAAUUUUGCAUGAUAGAGAAUUAAUUGAAAUCAAGUUAGGCUUUUUUCUGAAUGUUGGUAGAACCUUCAUAGCUUUGUUAUAAUGAAACCUUGAACCGGAAAUAUUUAAUAAAAUAACAUUUAAAUGGUGCAAAGUCAUAUAGUACUCUUGUGUUCUCCUGAAUCUUUGGGGGAAAUAGGCCUUGGGCUGUUUAGACACACACUGCUUUCUCAAAUCUGCUAAUAAGAGGCAGAUUCAUUUGAUUGCAUUUUUCAUUUCUGGUGAAUCAGCUCGUUUUGGAUAUGUGUAUAAAUAUGAUAGCUGACCUAUAGAAAAGGAAAAAGAAUGCAAAGAAAUUAGUGCAUCCAAAAAUAUUGGGGGGACGCAAUAGAAUUUUGUUGAAUUACUGCUGACUUGCUACACAUUAAAAAUCAUGUUGUGUUACACACUC